AACAAACUACACAACGCUGUGAACAAACAAGGGCAUUUUUGUUAAAACAUUUUUCUUUUGAGAAUUCGACUGUAUAAAUUGAUGAAAAAUUCGACAUCAAAAGAUAGUUGACAAAAUGGAUUCGUCGCCGGCAGUAUCACAUCGAUUCGCAUGGAACAAUAAAAGUGAAAUAUUAAAACAGCAACAUUAUUUGUUUGACAAUAACUUGGAAUAUGAUUGCAUUAUAAUAACAGCCCAAGGAACUCGAAGUCAAGCGCAUCAGGUUGUUCUAUCGUCGUCAAGUGAUUUUUUUCGAAAAAUAUUGAGUGAAUUACCACCAUUGCCCGAACCACCAACCAUUUAUAUACCCGACAUCGAUUCAUGCAUACUGGAUGCGAUACUUCGUUUCAUUUAUAUUGGUGAGACCAGCAUUGCAUCCGAGUAUUUAACAACAUUUUUGGAAUUCUGUAAUUUAUUGAGUGUUAAAGGAUGUGUUGCAAAUGGUUUCAUCACACCAUUGAAUGGGAACGAAGUGAAAACAGUGAAUAACGAAAAAGAAACGGAUAUAAAUGAAAAAUUGUACUAUAAUUCAAGUGAAAGUUGUUCGGGUGAAGAAUAUUUGGAGGUUGAACCAACGCAGAGUGUGAAUAGCGAAGAAGAUAACACCGAACAAGAUUAUUUAGAAGAGUAUUUGGAAGAUGAUACGAUGUUAAUGGAUGUAAAAGAUGAUUCGAUAUUGAUUGAAAGUGAAUAUGAUGAAAAUCAACAAGUUGGCGAAUUCAUUUCAUUCGAAAUUGAAAAAACAGAGGAAGACGUUUCAAAUGUGUCCAAAGAAUGCGGUGGAAGCAACAAAAAUCAACGGUAUGUAAAUCGACAAGGUGCACGCAGCACAAGUUCACAAAUUGACAAAGCAUUGAAUGAAGUCACCAAUGGCAAAACCAUACACCGGCUAUCGGUUGAAUAUAAUUUACCAAGAUCCACGUUGUAUCAUCGGUUUCGUAAUAGCAAACAUUUAAAACAAAACUAUCGACUCGAACGGAAAUCGAAUUUGGACAGUGCCGUGCAGGCCGUAUUGCAUGAACGACUAAGUUUGAAAACAGCGGCCGAUCGUUUUAAAGUACCAAAAACAGCGAUUUGGCGUGAAGUUAGAAAGAAUGAACAAUAUCAACCGUCAACCAAAGAAGUCACCGCUGAAAGACAAAAUGCACAACACGAAAUUUUGUUGGGGAAAAGUUUGACGAGUAUCAGUGCCAAAUAUGGCAUACCAUUGACAACAUUGCAUCGUGACAAGAAAAAACUAUCGGUUGAGGGCAAACUUCCGGAAUCAUUUCGCGUCAAAGAUCGUACCGAAAAUUCAGAAUACGGCCAACGUCUGGAGAUGGCCUUGGAGAAAUGUCGCAAUGGAAUGUCACAAUAUCAAGCUGCAAAACUGUAUAACAUUCCAAAAGCGACGAUGUGGCGAUACGCAAAUUCACUGAAUAAAUCCAGCCGGAAGAGCAAAGAAAAACAGAAUUCCGACAGCACAUAAUUUACUAUCAUUUCUCAAUUGGAAUUUCAUCAGUUUUUUUUAAUGGAUCAUUUUGAUUUUCUUUCAACAUCUUUUUACAUAGGGUAGUAUUUUAAUUUAAAUAAAAAUAAAUUGAACAUAAUAAAGUAACCUUUCAAG